CAGACUUUUGAGCAGCAGCAGCAGUGCAGCAACACCGCUCAGACACAAGCGCACACACAAUCCGACAGAAAUGCCUCAAACCCAGAUCUCAUCUGGACCGGCUCUCGCUUUCAACAGAAGAGCGGCGCUCGGACGCUUGUCAAACGCGCCGUCAGCUUUUUAAACGCAACGCGCACAUCGGCGUUUGUAACGGAGCGGCUCGCGAGGAAUGUCAGGAAUCCAAAACAUUUGAUGUAUUCCUCCUAUAGAUGUACUGUUCAUUUUUGACAAACAAGAAAAUCAACAAAAUGUUGGGCUAAACGGUGACAGCAGUAUCUCUCCGUUCAGAUGAUUAUUUUAAUUUUAGUUCUAAUGGACUGCAAUACGAUGUACUGAUUUUAAUCCGGGUGAAAUAAUGACUUUAAUGGAUUAACGCCUUCUCAGUCAUUGUAUUUAUUUUUUUCAUUUUUAAUCGAAAUCGAAGGAAAGGCGAUCCCGGUGUCUGUCUCUACUGUUUGUCAUAAAAUAUAUGUGUAUAUAUAUAUAUGUAUAUAUUACAGUAAUAAGUAGUAUAAUAUCGUGAACAUGGCGACGGGAACGGGCUGGCAGCAUUACUACAACCCCACUGGCAACGCGUCGACGGGAACGGGGAAAUAUAACAUCACCUCCACUUCAACAUCCACGACCACAUCCACUUCCUUCCCGUCGGGUUUAACCCUAGAAUAUACGCAGGACCUGCACCUCAAGAUGAGCAAGAAGAUAGCACAACUAACCAAGGUGAUCUACGCACUCAACACCAAGAACGAUGAGCAUGAAGCAGCCAUCCAGACCCUGAAGGAGGCCCAUGAGGAGGAGGUACAGCAGAUCCUCUCAGAAACACGAGAGAAGAUCAUGCAGUACAAGAGCAAGAUCAGUGACGAGAUGGACUUGAAGCGUCGCAUCCAGUCACUGGAGGAGUCCAUGGAGCUUCAUGAGCGGAUGAAGCGUCAGGCAUUGACGGAGUUCGAGACGUACCGCCAGAGGGUGGAGGAUAUGCAGCUAUGUACGGAGGCGCAGCACACACAGCGCGUUGUCACCAUGUCCCGCGAGGUGGAGGAAAUGCGACGUUCUUUUGAGGAGAAGCUUCGCUCCUUCGGACAGUUGCAGUCCCAGUUUGAGCAGGAGAAACGGCAGGCUCAAGAGGAGCUGCGUAGCGCUCAUCGGCAGGAGGUCCAGGAACUGCUUCGUUCACACCAAAGCCAGAAUGCCAACUACAGCAAAGACCAGGAGAAAUUGGGACAACUACAUAAAGCAGAGGUGGAUUCACUGACCGAGAGGGUUGAGGAACUGAAACAGGACAAGAAGCGUCUGGUGGAGGAGUAUGAGGCCAAGCUAAAUAAAGCCCAGGCCUUCUAUGAACGUGAACUGGAGGCCAUGAAGCGGACACAGCAGAUGACUGCGGAGAACCUGCUGGCCUGGAAGAAGACCGAGGCCGAGCUGAGGAAAGAGUUUCAGGCGCAGGAAGCGGCACUGCAGAAGACUAUGGGGAAGCUGCGCAGUGAGCUGCAGCGGGUGCAGGAGGAGGCCAGGGAGAGCAGGGAGAAAUCCCACAAGCUCCAGUCCUCUCUCAUCUCUGCCGAGAACAACAUCAAGGAGCUACAUAAACAGUUGGAGGAGGUGACUAAGGACACAGAGAUAGUGGAGAUCAGGCAGAGAGAGGCGGAGUGUGAGCUUGAGGCCUCCAGAGAUAGAGUACAACAGCAGGCCACAGAGAUCCUCCUCAAAGCCAGUCAGAUCGGAAGUCUGCAGGCCACUCAAAUGACACACGAGGCCGUCAUUCGGGAUCUCGAAUCUGAAAAGUCUCGUCUGAAGGACAAGGUGUUGCGUCUUGAGGAGGAACGAGGGGCGCUGCAGAGCAAAUGCCAAAUGCUGGACGAGAGGCAGAGACAGCAGAUUGUCUCCCUGGAGAAGUCUCUUCGAGAGGAGAAGCAGAUCUAUGAGAAGGAGCUAAUGAACCUGAGUGCCAAAUACGAAGAUGAUACGGCUCAUUUUAAGGAUACCCACAGCCGGGCACUGGAGGAGCUCUCCAGGAAGCACCGAGCGGCUUUGGAGAACACCCAGAGCAUCGCAGAGAAAGAGAAGAACCGUGUCCUGACCGAGAUGGAGGAACAGUUUGAUAAGGAACAAAAGUCUCUCGAGGAACAGAAGAGCCUACUACGAGAAGAACUGGACAGUCUGCGAGAGGAGCUCUCUGCCAAACUCAACACGGCCAACAGUGAGGUGAGUCGACUCAAGGAGCUUGUGAAACAGGGAGAGCAGGGUCUGGGCUCUGCUGAGGGACACAUCACCAGUCUGAAGGAUGCUCAGAAGAAGCUUCUAGAAGAGCUGGAUGCUACACGAGCCCGACUCCGAGAGACUAGCAACCUUCUUACAGCCCUUCAGGGAGAGAUGGAGACUCAGAAACAACAGCAUGAUGCCAAACUCAUCUCCACCAAAGAGGAAGAGAAGCUUAAAAUGGAUAAGAUGGCCCUGGAGCUCGAACUAAAGUGGACGGAGACUCUCAGGCAAGAGUGUAAGAAACUCCGCGAGGAGCUGCGUGAAGAGCAUGAGGACAAUAAAAGGUCAGCGCUCACUCAGCUGGCACAGAGCAAAGAUCAGGAGAUGUGUACUGCCAGAGAGAGCUGGCAGAGGAAAGUCGAGGACCUGCUGGACCAGAUUUCCUUGUUGAAACAGAGCCUGGAGAUGCAGCUUUCCCAAUCGCAACAUUCCCUGCAGCAGCUGCAGGCUCAGUUCAGUCAGGAACGAGAACACCUGGGCCAGCAGAUGCAGGAGAUGGAGCUGGAGCACCAGUGCAGGGAGCAGCGUCUCCAGGAAGCCCAUUGCUGCGCUAUACAGGACAUGCAGGAAGCCCGUCAGCAUGACCUCAAGGAGCUAGAGGAGCGUCUGCGGCAGCAGCAUCACAUGGAGCUGCAUUCACUACGAGAGGCUCACAGGCAGAACAUUGAGAAACUGAAACAGCAGUCAGAGCAAGAGCUGCAGACUCUCCGCUUCGAACUGGAGGAUGAGGGCAAAGCCAUGCUAGCAUCCUUGCGUUCAGAGCUGAACCAUAUCCAUGCAUCAGCCAUCGAACACAUGCAUCAGACCCAUCAACAGGAAACAGCGGCUGCCAAACAGGAACUGGAGAAUGCUCUAGAGCAAAGCAGAGUUCAGGAACGUGAGCUGCUGAGUCGCAUCUCAGAUCUGCAGGAGGAAGUCAGUCGUAGGAAGAAACACAUUGCCAAUCUAGACCACGAGAUCCACACGCUGAAUGAGAACAUCAGCACUUUGACCAAGGAGCUGGAACUCAAGGGCAAAGAAGUUCUGAAGAUCCGUAGUGAGGCUAAUCAGCAGAUCAGAGCUCAUGAGCAGGACCUGAGUAAGAAACAUGAGCGGGAGAUGACCGAGCUGAACGCUCUUCACCACAGAGAGACACAGAACAUGCUGUCAGACUUUAACAAGGCCCAGGAACUGCUGAAGGACAAGAUCUCCGCCCUGCAGAUCCUGUUGGAGGGGACAGAGGAUAAAUUCCGGAACAGAGAGAGCAGACACGAAGAUCUGCAGACAAUAGCUGAACUGAAGGACAUGGUGGCAGAGAGAGAAGCUCUGGUCAAAAAGCUGGUGGAUGACAAAAAGUUCUACCAGCUGGAGCUUGUAAACAGAGAGACCAACUUCAACAAAAUAUUCAACACAAACCCCAAUGUUGGUGUCAUUAACCCUCUUGUCAAGCAAAAGCGAAAGAACGACAAAUCAGCCAACCGAUUCAGCAGCUCGCCCAGUCUUAGGGCCAAUGUGGAGGCAUCGGGGACAGGGAGCGGCCAGCCCCAGCCCGCCCGCCUCGAACCCAUCCCCAACUCCCCCAUUCACCAGAUGGAGCCUAACACGAGCAAACCCCUGCCCCCACCAGCCCCUCUCACCGAACCCAAGAAACUAACGAGCCCUCCUGAAGGAGAAGAAUCACCAGUCACCUCUCCAGAUCCCCAGAGACAAGAGUGGUUCGCCCAGUACUUCUCCUUCUGACUUUUGCAAUUCAAGAGCAUGUCGACCAAACCAAACAAAAAAAGAUUAAAAAAAAGUCAUAUAUUAUUUAACAACACAUCCUUUUCAUUUGUUCUUUUUCCCACUGUUAAUGGGGUUUCUUGUUUUUAAAGUGAUGAUAAGUAUGUUUGACAUUUAAGUUACCGCAGUUUCUAUAGAUUGGUGCAUAUGCUGCUAAUUAAUAUUUGUUAAAAAAAACAACAACAGUAUCGUCUACUCUGUAUCUAAUUUUAGAAUGCCACCGUAAUGACUUUGGUACAGCUGCAUAAUCAAUUUUGGUAGGAUUAAACUGUUUGUAUGGAUGUCCCAACACAGAUAAAUGAUGUCUCACUAAUUUUAAAAUAAAUACAUAUUUUAUAUUUAUAUUACUGGUGUAUGCGUAAGAAUAAAUCAUUAUUGUGACAUUUAAUGAAGUGUGUCUGUUAUGUGAGUAAUCUUCAUUUAAAGACCCGAUAACAUAUGAUUUAAAAAUGCCUGUAUUUUCGUAAACAUCAACACACA